AUGAGGAGGACGAAGAAGUCGGAAGUGGACAACAGGAAGGAGAAACAUCUCAAGGUGAAGUUAUGGGGAAUCAAACAGCAGCUCCCCCAGAGGAGUUCUUUUCUAGAAGGGAAUGAGACGAUGAUGGUCGACGAGGAUGACCCGAAGAAGCCAACAACGAUGGACGUGGAACCCUGGGGUCCCUUGUCCCUGUCCCUUCAAUCCCAAAUUUACCUUCUCGACUCCGUGCUUGUGAUCGCUAUUGUAAUCUUCGGAAUCUCCAUGGCCGUCUUCAAUCGUAGAAUCCGCAGUCUCCGGAGAAGCCUUCAACGGGUGAUGAUGAUGAAGUCGGAUGGCUUGAAGAAUGAAGGUUUUCUCGAAACGGAUUUCUCCACCGAGCGCGUCAACGGCUCCAAAUAUCGGGAUUUCGACAACGAGAAGUUCAAGCAAUGUGGUGAAUUUGCUCAGCUGUAAACGAAGCAAACGUCUUCCUCCUCGUCCAUUUCGUGCCAGUGCAAAUCAUCCGUCCUUCCCCGUUUUCAAAUGUUUUGUCAUCCUUUUCCUUGCAAUAUCGCUUUUGUAAAAUUCAUGUGUGGUGUAUCUUAAGCAAAAAAUGAAUCCAUAUCUAUGGUGUUUUUUUUAA